AUGGCUGAUGAGAAAGCAGAAAAGUUGCCCCCUGCGGUGACAUCAUACCUCAAAGAGGAAGAGAGUGACCUCUCAUACAGACUUGUCAAAAUAGUCCAAGACGACAGCAACGGCAACAACAUGGAGAAGAUCAAGACCGAUGUGGCCAAGACGCCAAAGACAGCAGUUGCAGCAGACGAUUCGCCAGUCUCGGAUGCCGGGACGACCCAUUCGUGGGAGAAUAUCAGCCAUGGCGAUGCUAACGACGUGGCCACGGCUGAGUAG